GGGCGCACGCGAGGGCGCACGCCCCGGUCCCAGCUACACAGCUGAGUGGGCUUUAAGCAGUCACGAACGAGUCCUCGUUCGUUGCAGCUGCACCGAUCGUGGCUCGUCUCUUCGUCUCUUUUUUCUCCCUUCACCCUUCUACGAGUUCUACAUAUCUUUCUCUAGCAUCCCUCUUUCUCCAUCUUUCCUUUUAGCUUUCUUUCUUUCUCUUUCUCUCCCCUCCCCGACCAAUCCCACUCCCCCCCCCUCCCCGCCGCCAUUCGUCCCGCUUUCGUCGUUGCAUGCGAAUCCUCGUGCUAAUCCUCGCAAUUUUUCGCGUCGCGCGUGUCAACGUCGAAAAGGAAGCAACGCCGUGUACUCUGGUCUCUUUCGAUCUCGAAACGGAAGGUCCUAUGCUAACGCGUACCUGUUGGGCUCCAUCGGUGAUACAAAGUUGGGAGAAUGGAGCUUAGGCCUGAAAAAUGGCAUGUGUCCAAUGGUAUACCGUUCCAUCCUCGUUCAUUCGCCCAACGAUCGCCGAGGAUAAGUAAAAAAAUCGAAGGUUUCUGCGCUUUUCCGACCUCGAGAAAGGAAAAACUUGGCUACGACCUUAGCAGCGGUGGAAAAAUGUCGAGGAAAUUACCAGCAAGACUUUACCUGCGAUCCACGGAGCCGGGCCUGAAGCUCGGCACCACUUGAACCGGUCACCCGUCAGAGAAGGGCAAAUGAGCAGGACGCGGGAUGGGCAAGUCCUGGCUCUUGGCUCUAUUUCCUGCGACGAUGACGACGAUGACGACGAUGACGAUGAUGGCAUACGUCACGAUGGCGGGAGCUGGUACAACCUCGGCGCCGUCGUUUUUUACGACGACGACGACGACGACGAAGACGACGACGACCACCACCACCACCACCACCACCAUUACCACCGUCAUGGACAGUAAAUUCGACGGCAAAAAACCGGAUAUAGAGGAAGCUCUGGACGUGAUCGAGGCAGCAUCCAGCGGAUCGUUGGGGGAAGAGUGCGCGAGUACGGCAGGUUUCAAGUCGCUGCCAGCCGGCGCGUCUCUCGAUCCACGUCGUUACGACACGGCACGUCAGAAAACGGAUAUGACGGCCAUGAUGCUUCAAAACCUCGGCCCUUCCGGUGUUGCACGACACAACGGUCUUUUGGACGUCUUGGCGAAGUCCUUACUCCUUUCGGUGAACGACGCUGUGGAGGCAAGAGUGAUCGCAUUGAACGCAUCUACCGGGACGGUGAUAAACGCCGUGUGGCUCAAGAGGAGUCCCGGAAGCGUGGGCGAACCGAUCGAGGUCGAAGGCCAUGCUCUGCAGGCAGGAUCCAGGCCGGAUCCGGGUCUACCCUGGUUCGAAAAUGCUGGUGCUAGCUCGGGAUUAAGGUCACCGAAGUUCAUGCAGUCACCGCCGAUUGAAUCCUACAGGGGUUGGUGGACCAUCCCGUAUUUCUCCUGCAAGACUCGGCAAUGGCUCAUCUCGUACAGCGUCAACGUGCGCCCCCCGGAUUCUCGACACGGUGUGCGAGAAUUUUUGAGCAUGGAUAUUGAUAUCAGCGGCUUGGAGGUGAAUCAAUGCAAUGCAUCCCCCUAUGGCGAUAGCGCAUCGUCGAGUAAUCAAAUAGCAUCCUUUAGAGGCACCCACAAGUGUCAGGACGAUACAACGCAGUGCGAGUAUCACAGUCCGAACGGUAAGAUCAACGAGCACGGAGUCGGAGCUGGAUGGGCGAAGGGCGCUUACGUUUGCAAGUGUCGACAGGGUUUCUACGGCACGAAUCUCCAACGGACUGGCUUCGAUGGGAUUCUCGUUGAAGCGGCAUGGAAGGAGAUGCAAGAAAAUAUAAGCGACUCUUACGUCAAAACGUUUCGAUGUUUACGCUGCGCACCGGGAUGUGCCAAGUGCAAAGGACCGGAGCCUUGCUUGGCUACUUACCAUUGGCCCUUUAGGAUCACGCUGCUGGCAUUCUCCAUAUUUUGCGUCUUCGGUACCGUCGUCCUCGUGGCCUACAUGUACCAACACCGUAAGCUAAAGGUAUUCAAAGUCGCCUCGCCUAUAUUCCUGUCCAUCACGCUUCUGGGUUGUGCCAUAAUGUAUCUCGAGAUGGCAGCUAUAUUCCCGGUGCUUGACAUGUACUCGUGCAUAGCCACAAAGUGGACGAGGCAUCUCGGCUUCUGCAUUUCUUACACCGCUCUGCUGAUGAAGACUUGGAGAGUAUCGCUGACUUAUCGCGUUAAGAGCGCCCACAAGGUCAAACUGACGGACAAGCAAUUGUUACAAUGGAUGGUACCGAUAUUACUGGUCAUGUUGAUAUACCUUGGUACAUGGACGCUCAGUGCGCCACCGUACGCGGAAGUGAUCGCCGAUAAUUACGGUCUGAAAUUUUAUCAAUGCUCUUUCAAUUGGUGGGACCAUAGUCUAGCCAUUGGAACUCUAUCGGCCGUUUCGUUUCAAGGAGAGAUUCUAUUUCUCGCCUGGGGCAUAAAAGUCUGUUACAACGUUCGAAACGCCGAGAGUCUCUUCAACGAGGCACGGCUGAUAAGCUACGCCAUAUAUAACAUAGCCGCCGUUAACAUCGUCAUGAUCUCCAUCCACCUCUUCAUCUUCCCACACGCCGGACCGGACAUCAAAUACUCGCUGGGUUUCCUUCGUACUCAAUUGUCGACGUCCGUCACCAUUUUUCUCGUAUUCGGACCCAAGGUGAUUCGGGUCCUUCGAGGACAAGGCGAUCAAUGGGACAGCCGGGCGCGAGCUCGAGGCGUCACCGCGAGUUUCUCGCUAAACGGAAUCGGCUUGGUGCCCGAAGAAACGACCGAUCUCUAUCAGGAGAACGAGGAACUGAAGGAAGAGAUACAAAAGUUGGCGGCUCAGAUCGAGUUCAUGAAAAUCGUUCACAUGGAGAUGCACAACAGGCACAUCAAGCCCAAAGUAGGUGGAUAUUUCAGCGCCCAUGGUCACACCCACGGUCAUCCUUCGGCGGCGCAAAGUCCGAUAGCCAAGAGCUCGACCGCCAGUUUUAUUUUAAAACAGAGCGCGGUGGAACGAGGUGCGUCAGCGGCCGCGGCCGCGGCCGUCGAAGAUUCGACCUUCCCGUCGGGGAGCUUGCAUCGAGCACGAAGAAUGGAGAUGCUUCGAGAGAGGAAGGCCGCAAAGGAGAGGAAGAAGGAGAAAGAAAAGGAGAAAGAAAAGGAGAAGGCCAGAGAAAGGGAAAAGAUUGCCGCUCAGCAGCAAGAGGCGGAACAGAGGGAGCUGCCGCAUUCGAGCUGCGAAAAGGUCUGACUAGUGGUCAACAGCGAAGAGAUAUGGUUGUGACGAAGACAAUACAUCGAUUCGGCUGAAAAGUCAAAAAAGAGAAUAUCUUCUCGUACGUCCGCACGAGGAAGGAAGGGAAAGAACUCGAAACGGUUUCUCUCCUCGGUGAUCUCAACCAAGACGAGCUUCCCUUCGAACGGACAAUCCCACGGUGGUCGUAUCGUCUCGUACGUCGCGUUCCUUCGAAACCCCUUGGCUGAUCGGCUCUUCUCUCGAGACGCCGCUCCUUGACGACAGGCAGGAGUGAGGGAGAGAGGGCGAGAGAUCUUCCCUCAAGAAUUUUCUGCGAACGGUCGAUGCGUAUCGAUGAAGAUGCGACGUCGACUAGCGUCAACUUUCGUUCCUUUGGGAAAGACGAGAACGAACGGCGAACUUUUAUAUUCGAUUAAAUCGUUGAAAGUUUAUAUCUAGAUAUAACCAUAUCACGCGUGCGAUCUUUUCUUAUCGAACAGCAGCCUUCUAAUAUCCACCUUCUACGUUCGAAGGUAAACUCGCGAGUGUGGUCGAAUAAAGAGAAAGGAUAAGAAGAGAAAGGGAAGGAGAGCGAAAGGUCGCGUUCGAUCCGAGCAUCGAAUCGAUAUCGGUACAUUGACAAUAUGUGUAAAAGCGACGAAAGGGUUGUUCGCCGCUUUGUUUUUAUAUUUUCACUUAAAGUCGAGUAACCCCGAUGUGAUUAGGUAUAACGCCGUAAUCCUAGAUUCGAAUCCUUCUUCGUUUUAGGAACGAAGUUCGACUCGCGAUAACCAAUCUGUCAGGAAAUUAUCGAACGAUUGAUUACAACGUCGAAGAGAGCAUGCAUCGUUAUGUCAUCUCACGAGUACAAAUCAUUUUACGACAAUAAUCGCUUGCGUGCUCGAUUUCGGGGAAAAGUCCGGCAAGUUUCUUCUUGCGUUGUUUAUCGUUUCGAUGAAAGAGGGAAAAAGCGAAAAGAAGAAAAGAAAACGUAAGACGUCGUCGGCCCUCGUUGCUUUACAAUUUUGUAAGAGUUUACUUAACUGCUGCGAUAAUCGUCUAAAGAUUUGAGAAAAGUAACGAAUAAAAGAGCAAAGAUA